AGAUUUAGCGAUUGAGUUAGGGUUUUACUUGAGAAAUAAAAAUAAAUGAAAACAAGGCUUCGGUUUUAUCAGAAUUAGCCGCCAGACUUCCCAUCUUCCAAUUUUUCUCCGUGAGCGCCAGCGCCAACGACCACACACUCUCUCUUCAUCUUCCCCAGCAUCCUCCACGGUCGCGACCACGGUGCACAACCGCCGUUUAGGCCGUCGCCGCCGUUUGUCGUCAGAACCGUCUGCCAGCAUUGUUUGAGUUAUAUUCUAUGGAAUCAGGAGUAUUGGAUCAAGGGAUUCUUUGGACAAGUGUUCCCGAGUCUUGAGGCAUUGGGUUAAAUGGUCAAGGUUCAAUGUUCCAAGGAAGGUAGCUAGAAGAGGAGAAGAUGAGGCUACUGACUCAUAACAUGCUUUCAUCUAACAUCAAGGGUGUCAUCAAUGGCUUCCCUCUCCGAAUUGAGGUCGAGAAAGUCGUCGAGAAGCCAGUCGACUUCAAUCCAGACUUCCUCAAGAACAUGUUCUCCAAGAUUGAAUGGAAACCCCUCGUCGAUGCCUCUCGGACUAUGGGCUAUGCCGAGCUUCCCGAGGAGGCCGAUGCAUCGAUGCUAGACUCCCAUGACUUUCUCCAACGAUUUCACCAUGCACUUCUAGAGUUGCAUCUUGAGGAAGGCGCUCUUAUUUGCCCAGAGACCAACAGAAGAUUCCCCGUCAAUAAAGGCAUUCCCAAUAUGCUUCUUCACGAAGACGAGGUCUGAGUUUGAGAUUUUACAAAUUCCUCUAUUUUCUCCUAUUGUAUUCAGUGCUGAUUUUUACAAAUUCCUCUAUUUUCCCAAUAUGCAUCGAUGCUAUCUUGGGUUUCACUAGACGAAGCACAGGGUCUGUCAUGAGUUUGGAAAUUUGGGUUUACGCCUUUCUUUGCUUUUGUUAGCUGUGAACGAGAUUAUUAGAUCUUUGUUUACUGAUUUGAUAGGUGUAAACUGCUUCGGAAUAUAUGAUUUCUAUAUGAAUUCUAGUACUAUGAUU